ACAUGUUCAAAGAGUGGGUGGAUUACCCACCCUGCAGAAAUAAAGCAUAUAAGUCAAAAUCAACUGUUUGCUAAUAAGUUGCAACACUUGACACAGGUGUACAUCAGUGGCAGCAGCAAGGACAUAUUCCCCUCUCCCACCAAUCCUACCACAGCAAAGCAUGGAUGAAGAGGUAGCCCAGAGGAAGCAAAAACCAGAAGUAUUCACAACCCAUGGAGCACUUGGAGAGAUUUGUGACCAGGCCUCAACCUCUGUCAUUGAUCGAGAUGCAUUAUCAGAAAACGAAACAAAGGGAGAUAGCUCUAGCCAUACAUCAAGAGCAAGAACAAGUUUAUCUGACAGUGAUACUGACCUCUUGAAUCAGUCUACAGAUUACGAGGCUAUAGGUGAAGCAGCCUCAGUUUCUUCUGACAAUACAGACAGUGUGUUUGACAGUGUUGACGCCAAUUCAAACCAAACUCAGAUGGGAAGAAAUCAAGCUCCAAGUAGGAAACACAAAAGAAGACAGAAUAAUAGCUUAAAAAAUAUGUUUAUCCAUUAUUCUGACUAUGAUGCCCCAUUUAGAAAUGUUAAUAACAUUGACUUUGAACUUCCAGAUCUUGUUGGUUAUUCCGAUGAAAAGUCAAGACCUGACAUUCGAAAUGUGCCGACAUUGUUUGAGUUGUGUAUUCGCUCAUUUUUAUCAAAGCGCUCCAAUCAGAAACAACAAUCAAUAAGCAGCAUGCCUCCUCUGAUAAGACAUGUUUUGUAUGCGAGGAGGAGAGACCAGGCAUUUACAAGAAUUCAAUUGUCAUGGCUGUAUCAUGUCCUCAACUUUAUGGAAAAGCAUUCAAUUGUCUUGACGUCAUUAGAGAAAUACAGUGUAAAGGAAACAACUCCCAAAACACACAGAGACUUGAUAUUAAGAGCAAGAAACAUUUGGAAUGACGAUGUGUUUGAAUCAGUAUAUAGGGAUUACAUUGCUGGGGAAUUCUCUUCAAUCCUUCCAUAUUGCUAUGUCAAUUAUGUGAAGUGCGGUGCUGGGAACUGGGGUAAUACCGUAUGGUGUCAACCUAUUUGUCAGUUAUCAGUGGUGGCUAGUAUAAUAGAAAUGAUGCUACCUCUGCAUAUUUCUGUCGGACUGUUCCACCAUGCUUCCCGUUACUGCACCUCAGAGUCUGAGAUCAUCAGGAAAGCCACCGAUGUCAUGGUCUGCUCUGUGAGGGAAAACCUCAAGAAAAGAUACCCAGCUGUGGUUGAGGUCUUCUUUGACAAAGCACUGCCCUAUGUGUUCUGGGCUCGGGGAAACAUCAAGUAUGCUAUUGAAUGUUUUAUGAACAUUGCACAGACUGAACUGGAUGAAAUGGGCAGAGCUAAUGCUUUGAGCGAGGCAGCCCGGCUGUACGCACAGAAUGAGGAACCUAUAAAAGCAAAGCGGCUGUACAUAGAGGCAUCAGAAUCUAUAAUGAGGAGGUCAAGGUUACAAUGGGAGGAUAAAGAAGUUCUCCUACAAAAGUACAUGCUGAUGGCCAGUGUGUACGAUCAAGGAGUGAUGACAAGAGAGAAGGCCACACUGGCAGCUGGUGCAUGGCAAGGGGCUAUGAACUUCCUUGAUCCCAGCUGUCCCCAGAGAUCCAGCAUACAGGCUGUAGAGUCCUUCCUGUGUUUCCACAGUGGAACAGCACAAGAGAGUGUUGAGGGUCGUCUUGAAGGCUGUGUGAAGCUGAUAGAGGGUCUUGUGGAGUCUUUUGAAUUCUUGCUGCUCCAUCUGUCCCUUGUGAAGGCUCUUCUUGGAGAUGACAAGAAAUCUUGCAGGGCAUUCUCUACUCUCAUUCUCAGACAAAAACUGGAAACACCGCUGUCAUGGGAAGAAAACUCUCACCAACACAAUCCAUGGCAGCCAGUUCUUGACCAUGUUGCUGAACAUGGAGCUCCAAAAUUUCUCAAGGUCAUAUGGAGAACACAACUUGGUCAUCUUCGGAUUGUCAAUAACAUGAAUUCCUUUGAGGGGGACUACCAGUCCAUGACAGACCUCAACCUGAGACUGACAGAUGCUGGCUUCCUGACGGCUGAUCUGCAGAUGGUGCUGCCCCCUAUCAGAGCCCUCAACCUGGAUCCUUACACAGGGCUUCACCUCCACACGUCAGGCCUGACCACCAAGUGGCACUCCUUCAGUAACAUACCGCUCCCCCAUGCUCAAGUCCACAGAUAUGGACUACACAUAGUACCAACACUGACUGAGGUGUAUCGUGACACUGACACAGUUGUCAAUCUGGCAUGUCCAGAGUCCUCCUUGGUAGAUAUUACAUCACCACGGUAUGCGCAACAACUGACCCUGUUUUGGACAGGACCAGGAGAUCAAGGGGCAAAACUUGAUCUUAUACCUUUUCUGAGGGUUUUAUGCAAGAAGAGAGCCCUAGCAGACAUUGAAGCCAAAAAAAAAUCAAGCAUGUUCCGCAAUUCUUCUCCUACUGAGAAAGGUGGCGCCAUUUGGGAGGAGAAGAUGAAGAUGUCCCUGGAGUACUGUUUUGCAAAGGGCUAUGAAAUGUCUCAACAUAGUGUGGAACAAGUUAAACAUCACCUCUGGGAGCAGAUUGUCAAAUUUACUCUGCAAUCACACAAAAGGACAAAACUUUGUAAGAAAGAAAGACAAGAAGAGAUCCCAACUAUAAAGAAAGGUUACAAGUAUAAGCCAGUUAUUUUCAGCAUCCUGCUUGAAGAGUGCUUUGCCUACAAGGACACUCUUUACCUAGCAGUCCAUGAUACCUACACACCAAAGAGGAUUCAAGUGUUUGUAGACUGUUCCCGUAAGACCAGCUUCAUGCAGCCUUUCCUGACCACAGAACACUCACAUGACUUCUGUGACCAAAUAGAUGACCCUGAGGUGUCCAGCAUUCGGACCCAGAAGAUGACCAGUAAACACAGGAGCUUUCCUCCAGAUGAUAUCAUGUGGCACAUGGGCAUUCUGAAGGAGUAUAAAAAUCACAGGAAGCAAUAUGUUUUUGGCAAGAAAGGAAAGUUGCUAAAAACCAUCUCAGACAAUCAAAUGGUGGCACCACAUGUUCUUGGGAGUAAGCUGUAUGGCCUCACAGCGGACAAACUCAGAGUCAGAUGUGACCCUAUAACAGACGAUGAGGUUCUCAGUGAUGAGUUCCCUGAAAUAAGAACUCUAUUGUUUGGAGGAGAGAAAGUCAUGGCUGUAACAGACAACGCCAUCUACUUCCUACAUCCUGACACACUGCAAAUGCUGAAUGUUACCCUUCAACAAGAGAGCAGCAGCCUGGAGGUGAGUGAGGAUGGCCGCUACAUCAGCUUCCUGCCAGGAUCUCCAGUCAGGAUCCUGGAGAUGAAAAAACUGGAGGAGAAAACCAGACUUGCAGUCGGCAUCGGUGCCAUGCUGAUGUUUAUGGAUGUCACAGAGAUUGUAGAGAUUGUCAUGGACCUUUUGGUUCCUGGAGUUGCAACAGAGGUCUGCACUGUCAGAGAAGAUGUUGACUUUCUGGUAUCAGUCACUGUUCAAAAGGAAGGUGAAGACAAUUUCUACAGAGAGCAUGUGUUCCACUAUGAUGGUCACGGGAAGAUCCUAGGGGUGCUGCCCUUCCUUGGACCGGGACCAAGAUGUUUCUGUGUGGAGCACUUGAAGGGUCAAGAGGACGAGGCAAACACAGAUUCUGAAUGUGGCAGGAGGGGUUGGCAUGUCUUUAUGAGGGACGGCCAUCAGGGAAUUAUAGGUGUACGCCUGUGAAUAACUGGAACUGUCUCAGACCGGCCAUCAGGGGAUAAUAGGUGUAGGCCUGAGAAUAACAGGAACUGUCACAGACUGGCCAAUAGGAGCGUAUAGGUGUACGCCUGUGAAUAACAGGAACGGUCACAGACUGGCCAUCAUGGGACUAUAGGUGUACACCUGUGAAUAAAUGGAACUGUCACAGACUGGCCUUCAAGGGAUUAUGGGUGUAUGCCUGAGAAUAACAGGAACUGUCAUAUACUGUCUAUCAGGGAUUAUAGGUGUACACAUGUGAAUAACAGGAACUGUCACAGACUGGCCAUCAUGGGAUUAUAGGUGUACACAUGUGAAUAACAGGAACUGUCACAGACUGGCCAUCAGGGAAUAUAGGUGUACGCCUGUGAAUAACAGGAACUGUCACAGACUGGCCAUCAAGGGAUUAUGGGUGUACGCCUGAGAAUAACAGGAACUGUCACAUACUGGCCAUCAGGGAAUAUAGGUGUACGCCUGUGAAUAACAGGAACUGUUACAGAUUGGCCAUCAAGGGAUUAUGGUUGUACGCCUGAGAAUAACAGGAACUGUCACAUACUGGCCAUCAGGGAAUUAUAGGUGUAUGCCUGUGAAUAACAGGAACUGUCACAGACUGUCUAUCAGGGAUUAUAGAUGUACACCUGUGAAUAACAGGAACUGUCACAGACUGGCCAUCAAGGGAUUAUAGUUGUACGCCUGAGAAUAACAGGAACUGUCACAGACUGGCCAACAGGGUAUUAUAGGUGUAUGCCUGUGAAUAACAGGAACUGUCACAGACUGGUCAUGAGGGGAUUAUAGGUGUACACCUGGGAAUAACAGGAACUGUCUCAGACUGGUCAUGAGGGGAUUAUAGGUGUAGACCUUAAAAUAACAGGAUCUGUCACAGACUGGCCAUCAUGGGAUUAUAGGUGUAUGCCUGUGAAUAACAGGAACUGUCACAGACUGGCCAUCAGGGAAUAUAGGUUUACGCCUGUGAAUAACAGGAACUGUUACAGACUGGCCAUCAGGGAAUUAUAGGUGCAUGCCUGUGAAUAACAGGAACUGUCACAGACUGGCCAUCAGGGAAUAUAGGUGUACGCCUGUGAAUAACAGGAACUGUUACAGACUGGCCAUCAGGGAAUAUAGGUGUAUGCCUGUGAAUAACAGGAACUGUUACAGACUGGCCGUCAGGGAAUUAUAGGUGCAUGCCUGUGAAUAACAGGAACUGUCACAGAUUGGUCAUCAGGGAAUUAUAGGUGCAUGCCUGUGAAUAACAGGAACUGUCACAGACUGGCCAUCAGGGAAUUAUAGGUGCAUGCCUGUGAAUAACAGGAACUGUCACAGACUGGCCAUCAGGGAAUUAUAGGUGUACACCUGUGAAUAACAGGAACUGUUACAGACUGGCCAUCAGGGAAUUAUAGGUGCAUGCCUGUGAAUAACAGGAACUGUUACAGACUGGCCAUCAGGGAAUUAUAGGUGCAUGCCUGUGAAUAACAGGAACUGUCACAGACUGGCCAUCAGGGAAUAUAGGUGUACGCCUGUGAAUAACAGGAACUGUUACAGACUGGCCAUCAGGGAAUAUAGGUGUAUGCCUGUGAAUAACAGGAACUGUUACAGACUGGCCGUCAGGGAAUUAUAGGUGCAUGCCUGUGAAUAACAGGAACUGUCACAGAUUGGUCAUCAGGGAAUUAUAGGUGCAUGCCUGUGAAUAACAGGAACUGUCACAGACUGGCCAUCAGGGAAUUAUAGGUGCAUGCCUGUGAAUAACAGGAACUGUCACAGACUGGUCAUCAGGGAUCAUUGGUGUACAUUUGGGAAUAACAGGAACUGUCACAGACUGGCCAUCAGGGAAUUAUAGGUGUACACCUGUGAAUAACAGGAACUGUUACAGACUGGCCAUCAGGGAAUUAUAGGUGCAUGCCUGUGAAUAACAGGAACUGUCACAGACUGGUCAUGAGGGGAUUAUAGGUGUACGCCUGUGAAUAACAGGAACUGUCAGCAACCUGUGAAUAACAGGAACUGUCAGCAGUAGAUUUAAGGACAUUAUACAGAAGUAGAAAACUAUAAUGACUAUACCCCUGUGUCCAGGGCUACAGAACAGAGCAUACCAGAAUUUAUGAACAGCAUGUGGGACCAUGGGUAUAUUAUGACAGCACCACUGUUUACAUUUAUAUUUAUAACUUACUAAAUGUCAGGUGACCUUGGCUAUAUAAGCCUUGGACCAGAGAGAAGGAGCGAAAAUACGCUGCAGUCGG